GUCCACGAGGCAGAAAAGAGGAUCGAUAGAUCCACGCGCGAGGAGAAAGUUAUUACAUAUCUACCUGCCGGUGUUCACAUCUGCCUCCUGCUCGUCUGCCUGCCUGCCUGCCUUAGCAGCCAGAUCACCUAUCUUGCCAGUCUUGGCUGCCUGUCUGCCCGCUAUCGUCGCGGAAUCCUUUGGUCGAUUAUCUCUCGGCACUGUAUAAGGUGAACCGACCCGGAGGAGAAAUGGUGGAGGUGCUGUUGGACCGAGUCGACGGCCAAGAGGUGGCCGUCGCCGCCGAGUCGGACUGCAUACCGGAAUCGCCGACCGAGUGCUCGCUGAGGGACUCGCCGGCCGACGAGAAGCUGUCGGCGGUGCAGGAGUUCUACAAUGGCCAAAGCGUCUUCAUCACCGGCGGUACCGGCUUCAUGGGCAAGCUGAUGAUCGAGAAGCUGCUGAGGACCUGCUCCGGCAUCGCGUCCAUCUACCUCCUGGUGCGCCCGAAGAAGGGCAAGGACGUGCACCAGCGCACCGAGGAGAUCUUCGACGACCCGCUGUUUUUAAAGCUGAAGGACGAGCAGCCGAAGUUCCGACAUCAGAUCGUCGCGAUCCCGGGUGACUGUAGUCAACCGAAUCUCGGUAUAUCCUCGCAGGAUCGGGACAUCCUCAUCCGGGAGAUCUCGAUCGUCUUCCACGUGGCGGCCACGGUCAGAUUCGACGAGAAACUGAAACUAGCGAUGGCCAUUAACGUGAGGAGCGCCAGGGACAUUUUGUGUCUCUGCAAGGAGAUCACGAAUUUGAAGUCGUUCGUGCACGUGUCGACCGCAUACGCGAACUGCCCGCAAAGCGUGAUCGAGGAGAAGUUUUACGAUCCGCCGAUCGACUCGGACAAGUUGAUCGCGGUGAUGGAAUGCAUGGAGGACAAGUUGGUCGAAGACAUCACCCCGCAAUUAUUAGGGAAAUGGCCGAACACCUACGCCUACACGAAAGCCAUAGCCGAGCAUGCGAUCAAGAAGCACGCCGACGACUUGCCGGUCGGCAUUUUUCGUCCUGCUAUCGUAAUCUCCACGUACCGGGAACCGGUUCGGGGUUGGAUCGACAACAUGUACGGGCCGACGGGGGUGGCCGCCGGCGCCGGUACCGGAUUGCUGCGGUCGAUCCAUUGCGACGGCUCGGUGCACGCAAAUGUCGUGCCCGCCGAUUUAACGGUGAACGCGUUAAUCUUGUCUGCGUGGGACACGGCGAACGUUCACAGGCAGAACAACAAGACGAGCGGUGAAGUUCCGAUAUACAAUUACGUGUCGAGCGACAACCCGAUCACUUACGAUCAGCUGAAGGAGCUGUCAGCUAAGUACGGUCUUGAUAUCCCCUCCAACCGGGCGAUCUGGUAUUACAGUUUCCGGAACAACAAAUACAGAAUAAUCCAUCUGUUCUUCGUGUACUUCAUGCAUCUGCUGCCAGCUCUGUUGGUCGACACCGCUACCUUUUGCAUGGGCAGACAACCCAGGUUACUCAAGGUUUACAAGAAGAUACACAAGUUUAUGGACGUGCUCAAAUAUUUCUGCACGCAAGAGUGGACGUUCACGAAUGACCGGCUGCGCGCGAUGAUAGGCAAGCUCUCGCCCAAGGAUCGCGAUAAGUUCUACUGCGACAUACAGGACGUCGACUGGAACUUGUACUUCGAGACGUACAUCCAGGGGAUCCGCGUGUACCUGAUCAAGGAUCCCUUGGACACGCUGCCGCAGGCGCGCGCCAAGUGGCAAAGAUUAUUCUGGACCCAUCAGGUGCUAAAAGUCAUAGUGGCCUGCCUCGUGAUCAAGUUGUCGUGGGCGGCCGUGUCGCCGUUCUUCGUGUACUUGAAUUACGUGUGACAGGAACGGGCGGGGGGAAAGGAGUAAGGUAGAUAGGGUCCGGGAUCGAGCACGUCGUCCUGGGCAACGCGAGAAUAAUCGGUGGAGGAUAAUCUUCUUCGAGUUGUACGGGGAUGAGCAGAGGCGAGCGUGGAUUCUCGAUGGAGUCGGACAACGCGGGAACCGCGGCGACGAGGGAAGAACGGUAGAGCGAAUUCUAGACGGGUCUCAGCCGUCUCUCGUAACUUUGCGCCUGUAGGAUUUAGCCGGAUGCUUUGUGCACGUGGCACCUGAAGAUAUUACACGCUUCCGUUUUCUUUUUUUUUUCAAUUAUACACCGAACGGACAGGAUGCGAAAUGUGACGUGUGAACAGUAUCUGAGCGACAACAGCAACGCGCGGCAAUUCGAUCGCAUUGUUCUUAGCUCCGAGUUCAGUUCUCGCGAGUGAACUGUGAGUGAGAACCACACGUUACCUUAUUUCCAAAGUAGAUAUCGUAAGACUUUUUUGAGAGACGAGGGUUAGAGAGAGAGAGAGAGAGAAAGAAACGGAGAAAGCAAAAAUAAAAAGAAAAGAGUUUGAUUAGCUGUGCAUAUGUGAAAUGUCGUCGGUAUUGUGCUGCAAUUUAGUGCAUAAGUUAGUCGCAGGAUCAACAGAGCGUUUACGUUUCAUAACGGUUGCUUUUGGGUCGAUCCGAGAUUUCGCGCUCUCGCGAGGAAUGCGUUUCUCUUACCCUGGAUUAUCCAACACCAAAAGAGAGGAAAAAAGAUGCGGAAGGUGGAAGCCGAUAGAAACGUGCGAGAAGCAAAAAAGCCGCGGGAACGGGCUCUCGAGAUGCGGAAAGUGAAGCGAGGAGCAAUCGUGGAUUGAAUCGGAACAUCGGAGAUCAAACAGCUCGAGACUCCGAGAGUGCGAAAUGUGGGGAUGACGAGAGGGAAAACGAGAAAAAGGAAGUACUCCACCGUUCCCCGGUUUGCUCGAAUCUUACCUCGGCGCGAAAUCGGCACGAGGAGGCACACGCGUGUGACAUUGAAUCUUCAACCCAUAGACGAGCCAUAUCGAUCUCAAUCCUCGAAGAAGACAUCGAGAGAUCGCGGAGUAAAAGCGACCGGGUGAUCCGAGAGAGUUCUCGGAACAGGUUACACCGCGAGUGAGGCGAGAAAGUGAGUGCCGAUGAACGAGCUAUUAAUUUACGCAACCCGCGAUCAUGUUUGCCUGUCGUUACCGAACUUAUUUUACGAAUCAGCAUUUCGCGUGCGCGCGACGACUGGUUCGCGGGGAAGGAAGCGCUUUAAAGCGCGCGUUAUCCCGCGAGUAAAAAGGCAGAGAGAGAGAGAGAGAGAAAGGAACAACGAAGAACAAACGAGAGAGAGAAAAAGAGAGGGUAUUCUUAAUUUAUAUUUAAUAAUCGCAUCUUGUACUUUUUACCGUUAGCUGUUAAGCACACAUACGUAACGCGAGCGAAAAAAGCCAAAGGGCUCUCAAAUACUGAGAGAAAGCACAUAUCUUGACGGUUGACGGUUGCACACACACAUACAUACAUACGUAUAUAUCAAGUGUGUGACACACGUGACAUGUACGUAACACACACCCACACACACACAAACACACAUACACACAGAACUAAACAGAGUACGUCAUAGCCUCUUAUAUGACGAUGUACGGGUAUAUGUACGGUGAUGCGUGAUGAAUCGAAAUGCAAUGAUUAUGUGUAAGCAUUUAUUCGCUCGCCGCGGACGAACGUUGACGGACCGGUUAGACGUAGAUUUUUCGGAGAACCGUAGACUCGCGUCGGUAUUUCUCCCUUUUAUAUAUAUUUGUAUUAUAAAUAAGUCAUGUAUGUUGUAAUUAAAAAAAAAAGUAUCGCGAUGGGAGAUUUAAUAUUGCCAGAAGACUUCGUGUCGAUUCGACAGUGAAAAAAGUGGCGCCGGACAGGAGAGUGGGAAUAUAAGGUGAACCGAAAAUUCGCUGCGGUCAAGGUAUUCAUUAUCCCCCGACCUUGUUUGCCAUCGCAAAAGUGCACACUUCACAAACGUGACAGAGAUGGGGCAAUCUUUUAUUUAUACGCUGGAAUGCACGUGAAGUUACGUAAUUCAGCGUAUACGUAACUCUGUGAGCGAGAAUCGCAACUGGGUGCCCCAUAUAUUCCCGCCUUUCCUAAACUCGCGCACUCUAAAAUUCGCGUUUCGAAAAACGAAAAGCAAAGACCGCAAACGUCGUAAUCGCAUUGUCAUUCGAAACUGAGAAAAAAAAAAAUUAGCGUUGGCCCAUGAGGGGAUCGAACCCGCGACCUUCGCGUUAUUAGCACGACGCUCUAACCAACUGAGCUAAUGGGCCACAUGUUAUCAAACGAUCUGUUAAUUUUCUUUAACCCUUGCGAUCCAGUUAACGAGAAUGUCAAUGGAUGUGACGGUAAACAGAAUAAUUAUCGCUCGCAAGAGCAUCUUUAUCCGCUUACGUUCGACAGAUAUAACGUGACGCAAGAUGCAAAACGAACAGAAUCGUGUCUCUCGCACUUGCCUCAUUGCCGUUCACGCGCGUUUUGCGUCGCGUUGACGUCCUUUUCUCUUUUCUUUUCACCCAAUUUCUGACUUGAAAAGAUAAUCUUGGUAAACACAUAAGCGGAUAAGAGAAUUAUGUGCGGCGAACACGCGAACGGAGGUAUCGUUAUUGUUACAGAUGUACUUUAUCUUUUACAUUUUUGUUACGACAUGUUCAUUUAAGGUUUUGUAAAAUAAAUAUAUUGUUGUGUGUGUAUGUGUGUGUAUGUGUGUAUAUGAGUACGUGUGUGUGUGUGUGUGUGUGUCGCGGGAGUGAUAUUGUAGUCUUAUAUAAAUAAACAACGGAUAAAUCGUGGUUGAGAAAAUGCUAAUGAACAUGUUAACAAGCAAGCACCGCGCAGCCGAGGCUAAGUUUUUAUGUGUGUCACAAAUGCGCUCACAUCAAAGGAAAAUCAUCGAAUAACGCUGACGCGACCGUUCGUCGGUGACAAAAUUUAAGACAUCACGUCGUUGACGCGCGUUAAAUUGUUUUACAUUCGAUCAUAAAUUUAAUUACAUCGAUUAGAUUUAUUAUGAAAUAUGAUUAGAACGUAAUCAACAUGAGAAA